AUCUUUCGUUGGUAGUGUUAUCAUUUUGGGUAGAUGCUUUCAUUGUUGGUAUCAUCAUUUUGGGUGCUGAAUCUUUUGUCAUUAGUGAUAUCAUCUUUAUUGGAGCUUUUGUCAUUGAUGUUAUCACUUUGGGUAUCAAAUUUUGGUUUAAA